AUGUCACUCAACUCUGACUGGGAUUCACGUAGCAUGGACUCCCGUCCAUCUGAUUUCAACGAUGGAGCUGAAGCCAUCUUGAUGAACGCGAGCAUCGAGAUUGAAAUUCCUACAGGAGACGAUCAAUCAAGGGGUUCUACCCCGGAAAGCCACAAGGACUGCCAUGAAUAUUGUGCGUAUGGGCAAGGCGUCCCUGUAUAUUCCUGUGGCUGCUAUAGGUAUAAAGAGAUGGAAAGGUACAAAGUCCCCAAGCUCUCACCUCCAGACCUCGAACAGGCAUCAGAAUCUGGUGAUGGUGACUUCGAAGAUGUCGAUGGAUUAGGUCUAAAAUGCAAAAUACGUAACAAGAAUGAUACUGUGCAUAGCGACAUUACCAAUGUGCGAGCAGCAUCAGGGCCCGCCAUGAAACUCCCACCAUCGAAACGCAGGAACCUCGGCAGACAAUCUGAAUCGUUCAAAGGGGAAUUGACUCAAUCCCUAGGUAAGAUCGCACAGGAAUUUGUGGUCUUGGGUGGAGCUCUGGUUGGGAUCAAAGAAGUCCUUGAUAAGCAAAGCACAAUUCUUCUUGCAAUCUGCGAAGCCUUACCUAGUGUCACUAAUCAGGAGGGGAAUUCCGGAUGUUGA